GUUCGGUCUUAUGUAUGUCUUUCUGUGUUCGUCUGAAUUUUGGAAUGCCAUGACAAGGAUUGUUUUACGUUCGAUCAUUCAACUUCUGUUUCUGGAUUUGGUGUCACAUCCUGGAUUUUCAGCCGGGAAUUCAUGGUCACUAAUUGCGGUCAAAGUUAAACUUUACUCGGAGUGGGAGGAAUUACAGAACGAUUGUUAUCGGUGGAACGACUCAACUUACGCUUAUCAUGAUCAUGAACAUUAGGGAUGUUCACAAACACGCGGACUAUGAGAGCAUAUUUUGGGCUUAAACCAUCUGUCACGUUUUCUGUUACCAACGUGUGACCCCACAUGGGCUAAAAUCAUGUAAGGAUGACUCAUGCUAUUGACCUAAGACUCGGAUAGUCGGACUCCAUACUCCGUCUACGUUGACCACAGAACUGCUGGCAAUAUUGGAGGAGAAAUCUACCCACAAAAAACUUGACCAUGUUGUCACAAGUCAUUAUCAUCCUGGCUUGUCACGUGACACUUGGUGCCUUCCAAUUCUCAAGGGCUCCACCUACCGGGACGCAAUUGACGCCAGAAACGAAUUUCACAUCGGUAUCGCCCCCAGUGACGUCAGAAGCUGAACGUUUAUGUACUCGAAAUCUCACCCUCCAACUCAUGGAAAACCAGUAUCCGCGAAAGUAUGUCUGUCCUGAAGAAUACGAUGCGUUCAAGCAGAUUUGCCAGACCAAGGGAAGGCGCUUGAAUUGUGUAGUUUCCCAAGAGGAGCAAAAUCAGUACGGCGCACUGUUUGGGGUCGUGUCUAGUUCAGAUGGCGGGGCGGUGUGCUUCGGCCCCACGCCUCAGAUGAUCCCGGUUGACAGGGAAAUGGUCGCAGUCAUUGGCACGUUCAAAAUAAAAUGCAGUGCCAGCAACGAGAAUGGGGUCGAUCAUAUAGAAUCUAUCUCUGUGUACGUAUCCGUCGGUGAUGCGGAUGACAACAAACCGGUUUUCACCAACGGGAGUUACAACAUAACAGUCAGGGAGUUCUCCGUCUAUAGAAUCAAGCUUGUUGCGACGGAUGCGGAUAUCGGUGACAAUGCUGCUGUGACGUAUAAAAUUGUCUCUAGACCAAUUGUCCCAGGCAUAGUCAUCAAUGAAAUGUCGGGACUCCUCACCAUCCAAGGACUCAAUGCCACGGAAAGUUGGAGUGCAAUCAGUCUAGAUAUCGAGGCGAUAUCCGGGCUCGAUCCCGCUUCCAAUAUGACAGCUGCGACCAGGGUUACCAUUAAUGUCGAGGACAAGAAUGAACCUCCCCAGUGCCGGACAGGCGCCGCGCGGUCCGUUUACGUGAACCUAACUACUAUGGAUGGCGUGGCAAGUGCUCUUACCGGCAAAUCCUUCCCAACAGCAUUUUGUUUUGAUUCAGACAGGGAUGCUGAGUUUAGGACGGUGGUUUAUCGAUUGGAAGCUGAAGGCGAUUCAAAGUAUUUUACGAUGCCCGAUGCAAAAACUGGAAGUCUCCGAAUUGUCAGAGCUCUACCUCAGAACAGGUACAUCUACAACCUCACGGUCACUGCCGGCGACACUGAUUGGGAUAAAGCGACACAGUUCACAGUCAUCUUGGAAAUUAUAGGUCUUUCACCCGUCUGCCCGCAGUCCAUCUCCCGCCGUAUCGAUCCUGACAUUAGUUGCGUAACGUUCGGUGGUGCCUGCGAGACCCCGUACGAUACCCCACUGGAAUACCGGCUGGAGAAGAUACCUCCAUUCUUGAGUCACGGGGACAGAGCGCUGUGUCUGAAUGAUGAGUUCACUGUCAAUGAUGAGGGACCUCUGCAACUCUACCUCUUAAGUGAGGUCCCAGACUUGGCGACUCCUACGCGAUUUGCUCUGAAUCUGAACGUUACUCUGUCCCCAAGGCCCAGAUUCAUUGGCCUGCCCAAGAACAUCACUAUCCGCGAUGACAUAAGUGUCAAGACACCAAUCCUGCGGAUCUAUACGGAAGUAUAUGCUUAUCUAUCCAUCGGUAUUCCCGAUGACUUCAGGGACUUCUUUUCUCCAAUUGGAAGUACAAUUCGCGUCGCCCGCCCACUAACUGGCUACCCAUCGGAAACUUUUACGAUUAACAUAGCAGCUAGUGUUACGCCCACUUCGAAAUGGAAGACAACAGCCACCGUCGUGGUUAACAUUUUGAAUAUCAACACACCCCCAUCGUGUGCAUUGACAAGAGGAAACGUUGUUACAUUGCGAUACCAUGAAGGUUCUCGUGGCAAUGUCUUCAUACUGGUGGGCGAAUCUGAAACAGAUUUUGGAUUCAUUGGUAGUUUCACUGGAGGAAGUGGUGAUUCUGGUAGUUUCAGAGGAGGAAGUGGUGAUUCUGGUAGUUUCACUGUUACUACUACCAGUGAUGCCGGUAGUUUUACUGGUCAAAAGAACUUCGACAAGCGCAGCAUCGGCGAUAGUGUGACCAUCCACAGCACCUUUGCCAAAGGUGACAGCCUGUCUUUGAAAGGGGAUUGGGGCGACACGACUAGCGGCUUUUCAACGUUGCCUCCUGGAAACAGUGAAAGCACCUUCGCCAAAGGAAAUAUUGGUGGUGAUUUCGUGAAAGGGGAUCCAGCAACGGCAUUUCCUGGAGAUGUCGGCAGCUCCUCUGUCACAUGGGAUUACGGCAGUGGUUUUUCAAAAGGUGACCUGGGCAGUUGGGGAACAACAGACAGUCCCAGUUGGACCGAUAUGCCUUGGGAAACAGAAUCAUCGAUACCCCCUUCGGACAUGGCUUCCAGCCAAGGGCCAAUUUAUGAUAAGCAACUGCCGACUAUUAUCCCACCAGACAGUGGAUUAUUUUUUUUAAACAAGGCCAACUGCAAUGAUACUGAUAAUACUAUCGAGAAUGCCAUGAUCGUGUAUGAUCUAAAGGACACGUUACCAGGCAGCGGCGACUCAAAGUUCUUCUCCAUCGACCCAUUGGGAGUAAUUGAGUUUGAUACCCGAGGGCUGACCACCAACAAGUCCCUCUUUCUGGUUACCUAUACAGCUGGUGACAUUGAAGGCUUUCCUCGGCCAUUGCGGGCGUCUGGUACAGUUGGUAUUUUAAUCAAAGAUCUACCAAUGAGCUGUCAACCUAAUGUAAGCGUGAGGCUAACAAAUGCCGAAGGAUUAAAUUGCCAGAUCGUUAGACCCUGCCAAAGCCCAUACGAGCAGCAACUCAUCCAAAUGUUUCUAGGAUCUGCACCAAUGGAUGGCGCGGGGGAUACUGAAAAUGACGCUGGAUCCGGGGAAAGCCAUAUGAGCAUCAUCACAUACCAGUUGAUUGCGAAUGCCUCGACCGACCAGUACCUUGACGUCUCCAAUGGGGUGAAUGAUAUAAAAAUCUGCCUGAACAAGAGCGGUGAUCUUGGCGAAAGUAUCGAAACGACAUUCCACUUGGAGGCACACCACGACUCUAGAUUCAACGAAAGUCAACUGAUUGACGUGAACUUCGUCUUUACUCUCCGAAAUGUCACACUAUUCCUUGAGAAAUCUUACUCCACGCUCAUAGACGAAGUUGAUGCCAUCCCAGGAACCGAGGUUGUGUCUCUUAGUUUUAUUGACUCGGCCCUUUUGACAUUUGCGAUUGCGAAAGAGAUGGAUAACUAUUUCACCAUUGAUGGAAAUGGGACCAUUGCUUUAGCUGACCAACUCGCACCAGCAGUUUACAAUUUUGAAGUCGUUGCGUCUGAUCCGAAUAGUGAUACAGACAGAGCUGAGGUAGAGAUCAGGGUAUUGAUGGCAUCUCUUAACUGUACAAUGAGGCAACAUGUGUCAGAGUUCGACAUCACAACACUUGUGAGUGAACUAGUGGCGACCCUCGUCUGCGUGGAUCCCGGACUUCAGACAAGAAGAAAAACAGCUCAACUGAUAGACCCCUACCUAUCAUUCGACAUCGGAAGAGACAUCACGGAAAGGACUUGGAAUACAACCAGUGUUUUCUUAGACAUCUUCUUCUACAAAACUCCUAUCCUCGCAAGAAACAAUUUCUCUACCUCCGUAAAGGUAAUUAGAGGGAGGGAAGAUCCCUCAUCAUCAGAGAUAUAUCCGAUCAGCUAUUCUGUCUCAGUGGAAAUUCCUAAACCUGUUCUGAGGAGAGAAGAAGUUACUGACAACACUAUUCACAUAUCGUGGAAUUUUGGGGAGUCAGAUUUCGAGGAGAAGUACUUUGCUCAAAUAGACCACUUUAUUUUGUCUUGGAAGAACCAAACUACAUCAACAGUGCGGGAGACAGCUCGUGAGAACUUUGAAGAAAAUAGACUAACCUUCCGAAAUAAUACUGUGCGGACAUAUAUUUUGGGAAGUUUGGCUCAGAAUACCACGUAUUGGUUUAAACUGAUUGCCGUACAAAAAGACUCGUAUUAUGCGGAUAAAGAAUCUGAUCUUAUGAAAGUUACCACCAUUGCACAACUAAUCUACGAGAUUCGCCUGACAUUCCCCCUGACGUUCCAAGCCGACCUCCUCGAUAGGAAUAGUGCAAUGUUUAAGACGUACUCAGCGGAUUUGAUAACUGAUAUUGAGAGGUCUCUGAAGGCUAUCAGCGGCACCAACGAGGGGUUGGGACUCCAAGGAGGUGAAUUUGAUAUAACGAGAUUUCAGAGCGAUCAAACGGAUUCCACAUAUGUUCGAAGCUAUGUUAAUUACUUUGCUAUUGGAAGCCUUGUGGCAUCUGUCAACGUAAUUAUGAAUGGAGCGAACCCGGAGAGGCAGUUUGCCUCUGCUAACACAGUCAACUCCUUCGUCCAGUAUGUCCAGCAGUCAGGAAAGCUUGGGGAUUAUGAUGUAACUGGAAUUCUUGCGACAGCAAAAGGAGAUGAAACUGUCGACAUCAUCGGCCAAACAUUUGCCACCUUACCUCUCCUGGCGAAUUCUACUAAUUUGGUGACGUGCGAAGCCAGCGUGAGCGGCCCAGCGGCACCUGUCUUUGCUUGGUAUUUGGGCUCGGCAAAGAUACUCAACGCAGGAAAUGCCAGAGUCUUCUUUAAGGGUGCUGUAAGAAACCAGUUUGGAAACUAUGAAUCCGGGCUCAUAGUGACAAAGCUAAGGCCCAAGGACUCGGGUAACAUUACUUGUCUCGCCUCCAUUGGUAACACCAUCGCCAAUUCCUCAACAAUCGAAGCAAAUGUACUUCCACUUCCAGUCGUAAGCGUGACACCGAAAGCGAAGACUGUCCGCAAUGGGGGGAGUAUCUCUAUUGAAUGCGUGGUGGGGUAUCCAUCCUAUCCAAAUAUACUGAUUUAUCCAAUUAAUGUGACCUGGGUGGCAUCGAAAUGGAUUGCGGACAAGGACACUGUCGUAAGCACUGAUGGGAAGGAUGAUGCACUUCCCAGAGCAUCAGAUUUAAAAACAGUGAACACCGCAAGCGGGAAGAUUCUCAAAGUAACUAAUUUGAGGACUGAUGUCAUCUUUACGUGCAUCGGGAGCAACCAGGCGGGCGAGGUCAAGGUCAAUUCGCAGAUAGCUGUUUUAGAUAAAAGUGAGAGUACGUGCCCUGCAGAGGUUGGUCCGAAUGGCAUAUCUUGGUCCGCUACACGUGAAGGUAUUACAGAUGCACAGCCUUGUAUGUCGGGAUACUCAGGUGUUGCCUACCGCCGAUGCGUAUUGAGUGGUGGUUCUGUUGCCUGGGGCGUUCCAAACCUGACGUCCUGUACUAGUGAGCGAUUGGCUGCAAUUCUUGAGGGAUCUGUGGACUUGGUUGAUGGCAUUCAGUCAACGACCAUCAAGCAAACUGCAGCCGAGAUCAAAACAUUCACGUCACAGGGAACGCAGUUGGUUUCGGGGGAUAUCGCCGCCUCACUGAAAACGAUAGAGAACUUGGUGACAGCAGAGGGGAGCCAAGUGGAAGGGGAGGAUGCCACUGAACAGGACAUCAUUGAAUCUGCAAGCAACAUUUUAGACGAAAAGUAUGAAUCAUCCUGGCUAGAAAUAGAAAAGUUACAACCUGGGGCUUCAGAACUUAUGAAGGAUAUGGGCGACUAUGGGAAAACCAUCUCUAGGCGGUUGACAACUGAUGUGCCGAAAGUGAUUCCCUCGAAGAACGUUGUGCUACAAGCCGAGAAAACGAAUACAUCCCGUUUGAAAGGCACAACCAGCAUCUUUCCCGAUGUGAGUUUGCCAGGCAUGCCAACCUGGACAAAUACAGAUAACCAGAUCAAACUUGAAGGGGAUGCUGUGUUUCAAAUAUAUGGGGAUAGCGAAGUGAGCUUCAGCGCAUUGCAAUAUAGAACGAUCAGUCGAUUCCUGUCGAAUGAGACCGACAGCACUCAGUCGAAAAGGAAAUUCGUGAACUCAGACACCCUGGCUUUAUCUAUAGAACCUGCUAUAGCGGCCUCUAUAUUUGAUCCACCGAUUACCCUUGUUUUCCAACACUCGAAAACGUCUGUGAAUUACACGAACGGAACAUGCAGUUACUGGGACUACGAUUACAGGGGCACACCUGGAGGCGCUUGGUCGUCAGAUGGCUGCGUAGCAGUAACGUCUACGGCAGAUUCAACCACCUGUGAGUGCAACCAUCUCACCAACUUUGCCAUCUUAAUGAGUCUGACCAAUAUUGAUAAAGCUUUGACAGUGCCGUUAAGUUACUUGACACAGAUUGGAUGUGGCAUCUCAAUUGCCUGUUUGGUGGUUACCGUCACCCUCUACGCCAUCUAUUGGAAAAAAAUCAAAUCCGAUCGGUCGAUCAUCCACCUGAACCUAUGCGUUGCCAUCAUCUUAGCUGAUACGACUUUCCUGGCUGGAGUGGAGCAAACACAAAUACAGGCUGUCUGCAAAGUGGUUGCCGCCUUGCUCCACUUCUUCUUUCUGGCCGUGUUCAUGUUCAUGCUGAUUGAAGGUGUAGAGCUCUACAUCCUCUUGGUGAAGGUGUUUGAUGUCGGGAGUAGUAGGGCCAAGUGGUACAUCAUUGCGGGAUGGGGUGUCCCAGCUGCAGUGGUGGGCAUCUCGCUCGGUAUAACGCAGACAAAUGGUUAUGGGAAUGAAGACUACUGUUGGUUAUCUUUGGUAGAUGGCCUGCUGUGGACGUUUGUAGGCCCAGCCUUAGGAAUCAUAGUAGUUAAUUUCAUUUUCCUUUUCCUCGCCCUGAGAGCAAUGUUUAAAACGAAAGUUAUAGAGGACAAAACUAGAGCAAAGAGGGCAAAAGCGGGUGUACGAGCAUUGUUCAUUUUGGUUCCUCUCCUUGGCCUGACGUGGGUGUUUGGUGUCUUCGCGGUCAACAACUCCACCAUCAUAUUCCAGUAUUUAUUCACGAUAUUCAACUCUCUUCAGGGCCUCUUUAUCUUCAUUGUUCACUGCUUAAUGAACAAACAGCUUCAGAAAAUCUGGUGCAAGAAACGUUUGGAGAAAUCGUCCAAGACAUCGAAGUCACAUUCCUCCCAGGUUCAUCAAAACGAGUAUGGAGUGGCUUCCGGUCAACGCAGCAGAAAGGUUUCUUUCCCAACCGAGCAAUUCGCCCUUGGUACCAAUUCACAAACUGACUCAUCAUUCGGUAUUACCAACCCUAGUUUUGAUGAAAAAGAGGUUGAUUGUCUCGGGAAGUCGCCGACCGAACAUGAUGCAGUGCUGGUCGAUACAACCGUCACAGAACAGAAGCAGGCAAUCGUUGUCAAAACUCACGAGGGAAAUUAUGAUAAUGCUGGUUUAAAUAACAGCCACAAGCAGGAUGAAGGAAAAAUCUCCGUGGAAAUACCAAUAUCUGCCGAACCGGCCGUCGAUUACGAAGAGUUGCCCUCUCCUCCCAGAGGGCGGAGCCAUCCUUUGCCUUCACCUACCCUAGACCUGAGGCCUUUGCCUGCCCCAGGAGAGGGAACAUCAUCUACCUCAGGAGCGAUGUCUUCUAUAUCUUCACCUGCUUCGUUGGGGAGGCCUUCUCUAUCAAUGGUCACCGAGCCCGUUCCAGAUUAUGAUGAGCCUGUUCCGGAUUAUGACGAGCCUGGCCAUGACGAAUCACCAGUGAGAGAACUACGUUCUCCCUCAUUUACCGAUUUGGUACAGAUGGCCACCAAGCCAAGAAUCGUCUACAAUGAAGAUUUUCAGCUCAAGUUGACAACGAGAAAGCAACACGUCGACAACAUUCACUCUGCUGGCGAGGCAUUAAGGAAACCGACAGAGUUAAAAAGAAGAUUAACGCAUAUGGAAUCUGAAAAUGUCAACUGGAAUAAGCUGCGAAUUGUCAUGGCCAGCCCAGAAAAGAAGAAAAUAUUGUUGGCACGUCUCAGGCUGUCCUAAAAAUCAACUAAGAUGUGAAAUGAUAUGGCUUGGAGUCACAUCUGCAUCAAAAUAUGAGGAAAGGCACAAGCGUGAAAUACAUUGUUUUUUUUCAUAUGGAAAAUUGCUUCCAACAGGACCGCAACUUCACCUAACGGUAUCCCUGGAAUAAAAACUGCAAUCAGCAGUGCAUUAAAGAGAAUGUAUCGGUAUUGAAGCCAACCCAAAAUUUAAAAACCGCCUCAUAAACUAGACAGACACUAGCGCCAGUCAUAAAUAUCAGUAUAGAGGGCAGCAUGAGUUACACCUGGGGACGAAUGAUUGCGAUUUUGGAUCCAUUAACCCCCUAAAUCCCUCGAACUUUAGUGGAACCUAUCUUAUCCAACACCUACCAGGAGGAUAACCUCUCAAAUAUUUCACACUGAUUUUGGUCAUAGAGUGGUAAUUAGCCUGAAACAUGAAAAAGGUAAAAACGUUCUUCAAGAAAAGUGAGAGUGCAUUCUGUUAUCCCAAACCAUUAGUAUGAAAUCAGCGAAGAAAGAAAAAAAUCCCUUGGGAAAAUGUUUUUAAAAAUAAGUUUUUCGAAAUUUCUACUUCAGAAUUUGAGAAAUUCGGUGAAAAUGGGUUAAUAUUCACUUUUCAACAACUGUCUUCCUCUGGUACCAGGUAUAAACAUCUAGUACAUAUAUAUCAUCAAUGUUUUGUCUUAGGAGGGGGAAAAUGAACUGUUGUCGUGGUAACCAAUGUCAAUUUUCAAAAUAAUGAAAAGAUGUGAUUUUUUGGUAAAAUUUCAUUUAUUGCAAUCAGCCGGACAACAUGUGGAACAAUUAAAUCUUUAUGUAUGAUAACGUCAUUUUUUACCUCCUAAAGCUGAGCAGCGUUAUAUUGCUUAACAGUUUGUCUAAGGCGCUGUCCAAAGAGUUUAUUGUCUUUGUCCUUGCCAAGGACGUGAAGUAUAGGCCUUUAUCAAAAUGUUUUCCACAUUUGUUAUAUAACGCUGUGACUGUGGAACUCCCUGCCGGAAAUGCGCUGCCUCACAGAGACACCCAUUUUUAAGAAAAAACUGAAAACACAUAUUUUUAUAAAUAGUUUUGAUUAGUCUCUUUUAUCUCCGUGUCUAUAUUUUAUGUACAGUGCAUAGAAAAUGUAUUUUCAUUAAUGUUGCACUUUUAAUUCAAUAAAUUAUUAUUAUUAUUAUUAUUAUUAUAAAGCAAGGGCUUGAAUUAUCAAUUUUUUAUAUCAAAAUUGGUUACCAUGGCAACAGUCCAUUUAAUUCUCCCAAAUUCCAAAAAAAUGAAGAGACAUGUUCAUUAUAUACGUGUUUAGUUGAAAAGUGAAUAUCAACGCUAUUUUUCACCGAAUUUCUCAAAUACUGGAGUGGAAAUUUCGAAAAAGUCAAUUUGUUAAAAAUUUACCCAACCGAUUUUUCUUUCUUCACCAACUUGUUGCUGAUGGUUCGGGAUAACAGAAUGCACUGUCGCUUUCCUCGAAGAAUUUUUCUACCUUUAUCAUGUUUCUGGCUCAGUGUCUGCAACCAGGGCCAAGGCAUCUCUCUCUAGGGUCAGAUAUUCUAUUGUGAUUAUGUGCUUAAUGGAAAAGUUAUGCUCAGUUGCAAUGCCGUAAAAUAGAGAGGUCCUACUGUAAUUAAAAACGACGGUGCUAAAAAAAAUUACAAGUGUGAAUGCUUAUUUUCAAAAUGUUCGCGCUUUUUUAAUUUUUGUGAUUCACAGAAGGUUCUGAAAACGAAUUUCGAUUGUUAUUUUCGCUAAUAGCAGUUAUUCGUGACAUCAGCAAAAGUUACAGUAAUGCAGUAAGUGACAUCGAUCAUACUGCAAUAGAUAACACUGUCAAGUGGUUCAUUUUUGCGAGGCUUCGUUUUUUGCGAUACGCAAAUAGUGAGGUUAUUUGCGCAAUGGAAAAAAGUAAAAGGCUUGCGAAAAACGCGCUAUUCAAGUAGCUCUUCCACGUCAUAAAUGUCAUUUAAAAUAUUGACUGUCAAUGACUGCAUCCCGACGAAGUUAUGAAAAGUACAUAAGUAUUGUACGGUCUUAAUCAACCAAUGCAGGUGUAGUAUUUAGUAUUAACAUAAAUGAAUUGUCAUUAAUAAUUUAUCACCAUGAGUUAAGCAUGCAUGUCACCAAUAGUAGUUCAAUCAGUGAAGCUGUUAUAUAGUGCACAUAUUAAACCUUUAAAUAUAUGUAAACAUACCGUUAAGAAAAAGCCGGGACUACUUUCUUCUUUUAGUUAGUUUUACUAUACACAUAUCUAUAAUGUAUUCAAUCUUUGUUAUCAUGUCCAAUUGUGUUCCAUUAAAUAAUGUUAAAGUUAAUAACGACAUUACAUGUAAGCUGUACAUUUUUCAAAUAAAUGCACUUUUAACUA